GGAUACUAGCGCAGAUGUUGAGAAGCUGAAUUAUUCGCGCAUCUUGCCUUGAGGUUUUGGAAGUCCUCUGACAUGUCGAAAGUAUGUCCUUCUCCGAGAACUCUCUGCAGUAAGCUAUUCGGCGGUCCGAAAGUGGAUGACGAAGACAGCGAUCCAGUGGGGGUACAGGUAACCAACACUAAUGAAGAUAAAACCGCGUCGCCCAAUCAGCAGUGUAUAGCGUGCAAGAGCACACAACACAACCCGUCUUCGCCACAGGCGACGACGAGCGUAAACGGCGCGCAGGUGUACAAGGCAUUGUGGAGUUUCGAAGCCCGGGCGGAGGAGGAGUUGUCAUUUCAAGAGGGCGAUUACUUCAAGAUCAUCGGCCGUUCGGGUGACUGGUGGACCGCUGGGAAAUUAGACCGAAACGGUCACGUUCUGGCUAAGGGGUUUGUACCUUACAACUACCUUGCUAGAAAGGACACCGUCGAGGCUCAGCCGUGGUUCUUCGGGAAGUUGAAUCGACUGGAAGCCCUGAGACACCUGCUCAGCCCAGAGAAUGGAGACGGCGCUUUCCUGGUGCGUCUGAGUGAAAAAGACCACGUGGGCUGUGUGUUGUCAGUGAAGGAUGAUGGGAAAGUGAGGCACUUCAAGGUGGUACAGACAGAGGAUGGCCAGUUCUACUUAGAUCACAAUCAGCGGUUCCGCUCUCUCAUGGAGCUGGUGGAUUACUACCACUCCCACCCUUUGGCCUCCAUCCCACGACUCAGACAGACAUGUGCCAGGACAGAGCCUAAGCCCCAUGACCUGUCGCACUCCACGGUGGACGAAUGGGAGCUGCCCAAAGAGGAGUUCACCCUGGAGGAGCAGCUGGGCAGCGGGUACUUUGCUGACGUUUUCCGUGGGAAAUGGAAGAACAGGAUAAACGUCGCCAUCAAAAUCCUGAAGAACAAAGAGGCUCUUAACCAGAGGGAUUUCCAGCUGGAGACCCAGAUCCUGAAAAGGUUACGUCACAGACACCUGAUUUCGCUCUUCGCCAUCUGCAGCAUUGUCCCACCCUAUUACAUCAUCACCGAACUCAUGGAGAAGGGCAACCUCCUCAGCUUCCUAAGGGGUAAAGAGGGACAAAGAUUGGAUGUGACUCUCCUGGUUGAUAUGGCCAUUCAGGUGGCUGAUGGGAUGGCUUACCUGGAGUCCCAGCACAGCAUCCACAGGGACCUGGCUGCCCGUAAUGUCCUGGUGGGAGAGAACUACAUCUGCAAAGUGGCCGAUUUUGGGCUGGCUCGAGUCAUAAAGGAGCCAUUCUAUGUCUCAGAGGAUAAAAAGAUCCCCUAUAAGUGGUGUGCCCCAGAGGCUAUCAGCCACGGCCGGUUUUCCAACAAGUCGGAUGUCUGGUCCUUCGGUGUCCUCAUGUAUGAGAUCCUCACCUAUGGAGGGAUACCCUAUCCAGCUUACACUAACCAUGAGGUGUUCCGGCUCAUUACCUCGGGCUACAGAAUGCCUGCGCCUUCCAGAUGCCCCGAGCCGAUCUACAGCCUCAUGCUGUCCUGCUGGAGUCUGGCACCAGAGGAGCGCCCCGAUUUCAGCGACCUCAAGGCUGACCUGGUGAACAUCAACCGCUAUGAAAUGGACUAAACGGGAAACUCUUGCAAUGAAAAACAAAUUCCACAUGAGGGCAGCAAAGAGCUGGAGAAAGCGCCAGUCCGAAGAGAAAUGCAGUGAAAACUUUGGCAGCCCGGGGGCAGCAAAGGAAGGGAGAGGAGGAGUUCUGCAAAUAUGAAUCACAAAGGACCAAGGAGAGUCCUCCACCAGUGUGAGAGGAUUGAAACAGGACCGGUGUGAGCUUACAGUUACCUAACUUCCUUCCAGAGCUGAAUGUCUGAAGCUGUUGAGACACAUUCUCUCAGCAUUCUGUUGUAUUUGGUCCCCUUCAGCACGGUACAAAGCCUCACCAGUAAAACUGAAGGGGAGCAGAUUCCUGCAUCUGAACUUCAACUAUAAAAUUUUUCCAGAGCCACACAUCUUUCUUCUUCUGUGUUAGUGCCAUUCUACCAGUGUUGUAAAUUUGCUGCCAGUGUUGUGCUGUCAUGGCAUUAACACUGACUGUGAGACCGAACGCUGAAAUACAGCAAUCACAGCUAUUUAUUCUUACCUUUUUACCAAAUAUGUGAAAGUACAGAUAUGUUUUUGUCAGACCAGGGCAAGCUUUUUUGUCAGACCAGGACAAGCUUUUACUGGAGAAACUAUGCUUUUAUUUUCAAAAGGAGAGGUUUUGAAUGAGAAAGGCAACUCUCCUCUGGGAAGUUAGCAACACUGUGCCAUGCUAUUGGACCUUGGUAAUGCUGAUCGGGAGGAAGGAGGGAUCAAAGAGAAGCCAGCAACAGAAUAUUUCAGAACAUUACUGUGCAAUCUACUGAACAUUAUUCAAUCCCCAAACAUGAUGGAGACGCUGCUGUGCUGUUUGAAGUGUUUACUGGCCUGAUGUGGGUGAAUAUUGGCCUAAAGGUCCACAGUAUUGUACAAAUUAAGAGACUUUAAUUUUACUGAAAUGACAAUACAUCUGACU